GUAGGACCCCGCUAUGCCAAUCCAGCGUUGCAGUCUGCACGGCUGCUGGAGUGAGUGAUUUGAGCAGUUAAUCAUGGAGUUUACUGAUAUUCUUGAUUCUCUGGAGGACCUGGGGUACCAGGGUCCAAUCCUAGAGGAUGGAGCUCUUGAGAUAGCUUUGACUGAUGGAGCUGCAUCACCCGAAUUUACUAAAUUGUGUGCCUGGCUUGUGUCUGAGCUGAAACUCUAUUGUAACCUAGAAGAAAAUGUUCAACCAACAAACAGUCCAAAUGAGGCUGAGGGGUUUCAGUUGGAGAUGAGUGGACUUCUAAACGAGCUGUCCUGUCCAUAUCCUGCUCUCAUCACUGGAGAUGUCACCAAGCGUCUGCUAAAUGCAAACAAUUGCCUAUUACUGCUAGGGUUUCUGAUCUCAGAGCUCGAAGCAUCAAGGAUGCUUCUGAUAAACCAGCCUCAGAAGAAGGUGCAGGAGACCGGGGGCAGUAAAGUCUUCAUGGAGCUGAAGGGCAUCUGUAUGGCUCUGGGCAUGUCCAAACCUCCCUCCAACAUCACAAUGUUUCAGUUUUUCAGUGGCAUUGAGAAAAAACUUAAGGAAGCUUUGUCCAAAGUCCCUCCAUCUCAUGUAGGGCAACCCCUGCUAAAGAAAUCACUGGGCCCAGUUCACUGUGAGAAAAUUGAAGCAAUAAACCAAGCACUCGUGAAUGAGUAUGAAGUGAGAAGGAAAAUGUUGUUGAAGCGACUGGAUGUGACAGUUCAGUCAUUUGGCUGGUCAGAAAGAGCCAAGACACAUGCAGAGAAGCUUGCCAAAGUUUACCAGCCUGUUCGUGUGGCACUGGCAUCCAAGACGAAAGUUUCUGUGGCUCAUCUGUUUGCCGCUAGAGAAGAUUUAUCAAAGAUUUUGAGAACCAGUAGUGGACACAUAAGGGAGAAAACAGCCUGUGCCAUUAACAAGGUCCGGAUGGGUCGUGUGCCUGAUCGAGGAGGGAGACCCAAUGAGAUUGAACCUCCACCGCCAGAGAUGCCCACAUGGCAGAAACGCCAAGAUGGUCCGCAAGGGGGUGGCGGAGGUCAGUACUACUCUGGCGGAGGCGGCGGAAGAGGUGGAGGACGGGGCGGAUACGAUCAGCAGCAGGGUGGCCGGGGAGGCCACGAGAGAGGAGGAGGAGGAAGAGGUGGCAGAGGAGACCACCGUGGUGGCAAAGUACAGAGCGGCUGGCAGGAUGGCUCUGGUGGAGGUGGAUAUCAAGGUCAUUACCAAGAUAGAGGAAGUCAUGGAGGAGGGGGCUACCAUGGAGGGCAGCAGGGAUCGGGAUACCAAGGAGGAGGAGGCUACCAAGGAGGUCAGCAAGGUCCAGGAUACACAGGAGGCGGCUACCAAGGUGGAGGAGGGAGUUUCCAGGAAGGAGGGCGACACCAGGAGAGAGGCGGCAGGGGUGGCCGUGGUGGCAGAGGAAGGGGAGGACCAAGAGGAGGAGGUGGUGGCCAGGGAGGGGGAUGGGGUGGAAGAGGAGGGCAGAAUUUUAACCAAGGGGGGCAGUUUGAGCAGUACUUUCAGCAAGGUGGACAACAGUAUAACCAGGCGGGCUUUGGGCAGGGAAGACAAUUCACCAGCUGAAAUACUUUUACUGACAGCUAUAGCUUCAGAGAGGACACAACAAUUCCCUGAGGGCAGGAGACCCGGAGACGUACAGGCCUAGAGAUGGCAUUAUAUUUCAUCUCCAUCGUGCCUCCGAGGUCUGCUUUACUGAGAUGAAAUGAUGCUUUUUUGCAUGUACAAUUAGUGGUCGAAACGGUUAUGCUUCCAACUGACCAUUUAACUACACUUAUUUUGAAGUGUGUUGGCUGGGUUGCCAAAUAAGUCCCACAGUGAACUUUAUUUAGAUUUUUCCAUCUUCCUCCAUCGAUAAUUUGCAUUGGUCCAGUCCACUGCCUGAUCUACACUGCCCCAACUCUGAAUCUGAUAAAGCCUUAUUUUUCAAGUAAUAGAAAAGUUUUUGUUAGAAAAUGUUUGUGGCAUCAUUAGUAAUGUAGAUUGCAUAAGUUUUCAUGGUUAAUUUUAGCCAAUGUCAGCACUUGAAUUUCCCCCAGUUGAAUUUUGCUUAACCAGCGGGUUUUAAAAGCUCACUGAUGAAUAAAGAUUUGUGUCUUCUUUUUUCAGUUAGACACGCAUAUGAAUGUUCAUUUGAUGAUAUGUAUUAUUGAUGAUUUUGUCAUGAUUUAAAGUUUUCUGUUGUUUUGGGAAAGACUGUUCAGAUCAGCUUUAAAAAGUUGAAUGUUUGUGAAUGAUUAAAUAAACCACAGAGAAAA